UGUGGGAUGGGAAUUGGGCAACUGACAAGAGCUCUUUCUUCCUGCCCAAUUGCUUGGAACAUCCCCUUGCACAGCCGUAUUCGCAAUGGCCCCCACGGACAAGAAGACCAAGAAGAGCACCCUUAACGAGGUGGUGACCCGUGAAUACACAAUCCACCUCCACAAGCAUGUCUUUGGAAAGACCUUCAAGAAGCGUGCGCCAACUGCCGUCAAGGCGAUUCGCGAGUUUGCCCACAAGACCAUGGGUACCUCUGACGUGCGUCUUGAGCCUUCCUUGAACAAGGCUGUGUGGUCCAGGGGUAUCAAGUCUGUCCCGCAUCGCAUUCGUGUGCGUCUCUCCCGGCGCCGCAAUGACGCCGAGGACGCAAAGGAAAAGCUCUACACUCUUGUGAGCUAUGUUCCUGUUACGAACUUUAAGGGUCUUCAGACUCAGACUGUUGAGGAAUAAGCUUGUUUGUCUUGUGACGGGGGAAUUGUUGAGACAAAUAUAAUCGGCUUUGUACACAUCUCUUGGAAAACUUUCUUUUCUUUUUUUUUGCGUACAUGAGUGAUGGUUGUCUGGAAGUG